GAAAUGAGACAGGGUAGGAAUAACACUUUAUAAGCCUGACGCCCUUUUCCUCUAGGCACCUCCUGGCCACCUUCCAGCCUCCUCUGUUCAGUCCCCUCCCCUCCCGGGCAGCCCUCACUUCUUGUCUCCCGAGGCUGCAGGCGGUGGGAGCCCCCAGCCUGCCAGAGCCAGGAGCCCAGGUGGGGUCAAGAACUCCACUCCCACGAUGUUGACAACAUUGCUGCCACUGCUGCUUCUACUGCUCCUGCCCGACAGGGCCCUUUGUAGCCUGGAAGCGUCAGAUGGCCCACAGAGUUUCCACAUGCUCCAGAUCUCCUACUUCCCAGACCCCAAUCAAGUGUUGCACCGAGGCAACGCGUCGCUGGGGGGGCUGCUGACACACGUACUGGAAGGCCAGGACUCCAACAUCACGAUCCUCCAGCUGCAUCCCGUGCAGGAGCCCAAGAGCUGGGCGCUCACAGAAAAAAGUAUACAGCUCUACCUGCAACAGUUCCAGGGCGUGGUGCAGCUGGUGCACAAGGAGCGGGGUGUGGCUUUUCCUCUGACCAUUCGCUGUUUCCUGGGCUGUGAGCGGCCCCCUGAAGGUACUAGAGCCCAAGCCUUCUUUGAUGUGGCUGUAAACGGUAGCUCUUUUGUGAGUUUCCGGCCAGUGGACGCCACGUGGGUGGCAGGGCCCCAGGCCCACUCCAGAGUGGUCACCUACACCCUGCAGAAGCUCAACACCUACAAUCGGACUCGGUACGACCUGCAGGAUUUCCUGCAGAACACCUGUAUGCAGUACGUGAAGGAAUACAACGCAAAAAGUUCAAAAGAGAGCCAAACAGGCCGCUCCUACACAUCGCUGGUCCUGGCUAUCCUGGUGGGCAGUUUCAUCAUCACUGGUGUGGCUGUAGGCAUCUUCCUGUGCACAGGUGGACGGCAGCGUUAAUUACUCUCCAAUCCCCUCUGGCAAACUGCUGGACUGAUGGGAGAAGAUCUCAGCUCACUGAAAAACCGAACAGAUUCCCCACCUGGGACUCUGUUUCCCAGGAGGUUUGGAGUGGCAGCUUCCUUCUCCCAGAUCUGCCCACCCAGACUUUGGGAGAGCAAAGGAGAGAAGACUAGGAGACAGAGUAUUUGGUUUAUUGAGUACUGAACUGGUCUGAAUGCUUCUCUUUCUUGGUGGAAAAGAGAUGAUGGAGUUGUGGUGGUGGUGGUGGGGUCUAUGGCCCAUCCUCCACAGACAGACAGAAUCGCCAAAUAAAACAAGUCAUCUACAACCAAAAUAAAUACCAUUCAAUGUUUCCAGGUGUGUCAGACAUGGGAAGGGACAGUGGUAUGAAGGAGGUAGAAAGAAAUAACCAGAGAAUGGUAGAAGUGAAAACGGUAAGUAUUAUGGGAGCAAGGAGUUAUUAGUUAAUCAAUCAACUAAUAACUAAUAAAUUCCUUACAUAUAAGGCAUUAUUAUUUUCUCUACUUUGCAGAACUUCUAGAAAAGUGGCCUCGACCCUUUGCUUCUACUUCCUUAUUUCCCAAGCACCCAUCACCCACUGCAGACUCACAUUUCUGUAAACUGCUUUAAUGUCCUCAAUGACCUCUAAUUGUGAAAAGUUCAUCCUCCGUGAUUUGGGCACAUUUCACCUUGUGAGCUAGAAUGCUUAUUACCCCAACUUCUGACAAAUCAUACUUCUAAUUUUUAGAAACUGUUCAAUCCCUUCAUUAUGUUUUAGCUUCCUCAGAAUUCCAUUUUGGGGCUCCUUUUGUUCUCCUUUAAACUAUGCCUUUCUGGAUGACCUACCAACUUGCAUGGCUCCAGAAACCAUCUGUCUGUGGUGAUUUCUUGUCUUUGACAGUAUGUGUUUUGUCCAGAAACAGACUUGAGUUUUACUUCUUUGAGCCAGGCAUUUUAACUUCUUUGGGUCUCAGUUUCUUCAUAAACAGAAGGUAUGAUAAAAUAUAUACAAAGGAUACAAUACCUCAUAGAGGCAUUAUACCUCAUAGAAGCAUUAUGCAUAUUAAAUAAGAAUAUAAUGUGUAUAUAUAUAUACACUCAAUAAAUAUAGAGUGGGGCAAAAGUAGGUUUGUAGCUGUGAGUACGUGAAACACAGAGUUUAUUCUUGUAUUAUUAUUUAAUAACUAUGGUAUUCUUUUCCAUAUGAAUAACUAUGAAACUACUUUUGCCCCACCCUAUGUAGCACUUGCUGUUGGCCUCCAGACACCCCAUAGGCACUGAUUCUUGCAAAUCACUGCUACUUUAAUAUUUUGAAGGCAUUUUAGAGUCAACAUGUUCAAAAUAAACGCCGUAUCUUUCUCCCCAAACCUGUUCCUUGUCUUCUGUUGUUUACCAUCAGUCAAAUAGAAUUACCAUCAAAUCACAUCAACAUAAAGACCUUAGUGUCAACCUUUACUUACUCCCUGGUCAUCCCCCAUCUAUAAAACAUAGUAUCUGUAGACUCUUCUGUUCCCUCCUUUCCACUGCACUGCUUUUGUUUCAGGUAUCAUAAUGCAUCUAUUUCUUUAUGGUAGGCAUGGGGGUGUGCCACCCAGUUCUACCUUCAAGGAGAGACUUGGUGUUCAGCUACAGAGAGCAAAGCCAGCCGAUCACCUCUUGCUGCUUCAGUUCCUUCAGUGUCUGCCUCACCUGCAGAGAACAGUCUCAUACAAGGUCAUGCUCAUCCUGGGGCCACCCUUAUCUGGUGAAUGAGCACAGCAGGGGUAUAAAAAGGGUCAGCCUUUCUGGCCUACUACAGGACAAUUCUGAUGAGCAGUAUUCACUCCAGAACCCCUUGCCAGGUUGGUUGACUGGGUCUAUGUCGGAUCUACGUUGCAGCUUGAGUUCACCCUCUAUUCAAUCCUGCUUCCUCCCCCUGGUUAAUAUCUUGCACCUCAAACUCUGCUUCAGCAUCUACUUCCCCAAAAACCCAACCGGUGACGGACAACCUCACUCUGUCACCAGCAGCUGAGGAAUUUUCUCAGUCUUUUGUCUGGACUAUGGCAACAGCCUCCUCCUAAUUGUUCUCCUGGUCUUUAAUUUCUCCAAGUUCUGUUUCAUCUUCUACGUAACAUUUAAAAAAAAACAAACAUCGAUUUGAUCAUAUCAUUGUUCUGUUUUAUGAAUUUCCCAUACUCACUGAGCUAAAUUCAGAAUCUUCAAACUGACAUUCAAGGAUUUGUACAACCUGGCUCCAUCCUAAUUUUCCAAUUUUAUUUCUUACCACUUCUUUUUGCCCAACUCUGCUUUAGAUGAUCAAUUUAAAAAAUAUAUCUUUAAAUGGCAGAAGUAAUACCAAAACAGUAGCAAUAUAGAAGUUUACCAGGAGAAAAGUGAAAGACCCCUGCUUUCUCCUUCACCCUACACCCUUACCUCAAAGUUAUGCCGAGGUUCUCAGUUGCAGGCAACGGGAACCAACUCUGCCAAGUGCAGGGGAAAAUGAAUAUAUUUGAAGGUUAUCAAGUAAUUCCUCAGAGUUCGUGGGAAGGCCAGCUAAUGAGAGCUCAGAAAAUAGAAACAGGGGUCACAACCAAAGUCACAGCACAGGGUUGGCCGAGGCAAGGACACUACAGCUGGAACCGCUACCUCCCUCGCCACUGUAGGCUGCCACCUUAAAUGAAUUCUCCUCCAUCGCAGUGUCUUUACACUCUUUGUUCAAGAUUCAAAGUCCUGGUGGGAGCAUUCAAAGGACCAAGCCUGGAUCAUGUUGCCUCUGCCUUUGCUGCAAGGAGGAGGGUGGGGGGAACUUCAAGUACGAUAUCUUUGGCUUCUCUUGGGGGAUGUGGGACCCUGUCUCCCAUUAAGAUCCACACAGAAGAAGAGGUUUCAGGUGUUGGAAAACCUAAAAUAAACCCUAAAUGUUCACCAUGUCUCUCACCGUCAGUUUAUUUACUCAUUCAGUAUAUGCUUAUCAGUCACCUCCCUAUAUAAGGUUGUAUACUGUGUACUUUGGAAGAUACAGAAAGUCGAAGACAUGAUUCUUCUUAAGGAGAUCAUUGUUUACUUGGGAUGAUGCAACAUACACAAACAAGGAUAACCUAAGGAGGAUAUCCUAGUAACUGGAAUAAACUCAUGAAUAAAUAUGCUAUUUUGUGAUUUA